AUGACAAGACUUCCUCCGAAUAUGUCAAGACAUCCUUACAUUCCAGUUCCACCUACCAUUAUAAAUAACUAUUACUAUGUCCAACCUCAGCAACAGCAACAGCAGCAGCAGCAGCAACAGCAACAGCAACAGCGCCAAUAUCAGCGCCAACGAAACAUAUCCCACGGAUCUCCUAUCUCUCCCCCUCAACCAAUAGCGUCUCGAAUGCCUUCGAUGAGCGUCUAUGAAGGUCAUAGUACGGACGAUUCGUACGAAAGUUCUGAUAUCUAUACCUCUUUGUCGCUAGUUUCUCCGAGACUUCGGCGAGGCCGGGAUGAGGAGGGUUUUGGUGACUAUAAUAGUAGCCAGGCCAAGAUUCCAGAGAUAAGUCUGAACGACGGUAUCUAUACAUCCGGAAUUUCAGGAGAUACUGUCUAUUUAGAUCUCAUUGGCCAGUUAUGUCAUACAGACGAUACUGCAAUCAGCGUUCAUAACUCUCAGUUAUUUGCAGUAUUCAAAGCAUUCAAUAAAGAUCUCAUCGACAAUUCGGAUCUCUCAGAACUAUUUAUAGAUGCUGGAACAAGGCGGAAAUUUGCUGAAAGUUCCUGUAGAACGUUGGCCAAAGUGUUUUCUACCAGAAGUUCCCCAGGAAGCUUGGAUUUUCGUUGCUUUAUAAAACUCUGUGCCUUUGUUAAGGGCUGCUGUGAGUCUUUCAAUUACUACGAUAGCAAUAAAUCUCAUACUUUGGAGUACGAGGAGCUUAUUAAGGCUUUACGAUUCAACGGUAUGUCAAGUCCAAGUGAAUUGAUGGCUCGAGUAUUUAAAUAUUCCGAUUAUGUAACUCUUGAGGGUUUCAUCAUGGCUGUCAUAAUAAUAAGGAAGAAUGAAAGACGGUCAUGA